UAAUUAAGACAACCACCGGUAUGGUCGAGGGAAAGCCUUUGAACGUAUUUGGGUCGACUGUCUACACAUUUCUCGGCAUACCCUACGCGGAACCACCAGUCGGUAAUCGUAGGUUUGCCCGAACGGAACCAAUCAAACGCUGGAAAGGUGUCUAUAAAGCGUUCAACUUUAGCGAUAUGUGUCCGCAUAAAGUUUUACCUAAAAGUUUGGUACCGAUGAGAUAUUUUACCACAAAAAUAUCCGAAGACUGUCUAACACUCAAUAUAUGGACACCCGAUAUUCGGCCAAAAUCGUUGCGCACAGUUAUGAUUUGGGUACACGGAGGGGCUUUCAACUAUAAUUCGGCCAAUCUGUACGAUACCGAUGGCCGAGUAUUAACCACUUAUGGCGAUGUUGUAGUCGUGUCGAUCAACUAUCGAAAUGGUGCACUGGGAUUUUUAAAUGCCCAAACCAUGGACGCACCGGGCAAUAUGGGCAUUCAUGAUCAGGCAUUGGCAUUGUAUUGGAUCAGAGAUAACAUACAGAGAUUUGGUGGCGACCCGAAAAAGUUGGUACCGUUUGGACAGAGUGCCGGUGCUAUUAGCAUUGGUAUACUGAUGGCUAGCGAUUUGACUAAAAAUUUGUUUUCGCGGGCCAUUACGGCCAGUGGCGGCGCACUAUUACCCGGAAUAUUGACAUCGAAAACGGUUCAAAACGGCGAACGGUUUGCCAAACUGGUUGGUUGUGCACAAAACAGAGAGUUUCGGACCAAUCCGUCAAAAGUUAUACAAUGUUUGAGACAAUUGCCUCUCAACCAGAUUAUUGAUGCUCAGACACAAAUAAUGGACUCAUCACAGGUAGCAUUUGUGCCCACACCCGAUGGCUACUAUAAUGACAUUCAGGCACCGGCCAAUCUGCUCAACAGCACUAACCUGUUCUCCAAUAUCAAAGAGCUGUUGGCCGGUGUGGUUCCCAAUGAGGGCUCGUGGCUCAUGCAUGUGACUGCACCGCAAGUUUUCCGACGCCAUACCUAUCCGCUAAUGCGAACACUGGACGAGACUCGCAAUAUGUUUAUGUGGUAUUUGUCGGAAAAAAUUGGAAUUGCGCCCAACAUUGCACAGUUGAUCGCCAAUUCAAUGAUAACGGGACCCGAAGCGGACACACCUAUCAACAAUGUUAACCGGUUGACUAAAGCAAUGGGCGAUAACUCGAUAACAUGUCCGACAAUAUUUAUGGCCGACGAAUUGGUGGCCAGAAAUAAGACCGUUUACAUGUAUCUAUUUGAUCACAAGUCUAAGGCCACCAAAUUUGGCGACUGGCAGGGCGUCAGUCACUACGAGGAGGUGCCCUUUGUCUUCGGGUAUCCAUUGAGACGUACAAAAUAUUUCUCUAAAGAGGAUAUCAAUGUCAGCAAACGUUUGAUGAAAAUUUGGUCACAUUUUGCAAAAAAUGGACGAGUACUUCCACAGUAUGACCUCCCGUGGCCUAAAUAUAGCUCCGAUGAGACCUAUAUGGUGUUACGGGCUAACCAUUCCUCGACUAUCAACAGUUUUCACGAGAGGACGUGCGAAAUAUUUAAGGCAUCAUUCAAAUUCACAUUUGUUGCCACAUUCACCCGGACAGCAUCGGGUGCCGAUACGACCACACGAUUUACCCAAACUAUGACACUGAUCAUAGUGUCGGAAACACCUGAUGGCUGGAUUCACUGGUGGACAACUACGGCUUAG